CAAUCAGAUAGACGUUUGAAUCACGAAGAAGGCGGGGAUGACUUGAAUGCGGGUGCGGGACGAAUAUCAACAAUAAGGGCCGUGUGACAGUCGGUUCACUCGCUGCUGCUGACGGCUGUAAUGUCUGCGUCGUUAUUACAGUGAUUGUUGAGUUUGGUCCUUCACACCAUCAGGACAGAUUGAGUAUUCUCUCCCUGUGAGGUUUCCAGCAUGGCGGCCGACGUCCACAGUAAAGGAGUGACGUGGGACACUCCAAACGGAAGCCUGGCACCGGUGGGGUAUCUUCCCAACAGUAGAUCGGAGAGUCCCACUCCGGGGCUGGUGGAAGGGACGGAGCCCGGCGCAAGUCAGGAGCGUGCCAUGUUCGUUCACACGCAGUCUUUCGAGGACCUGACGGCCGACGUGGAGCUGACUGGCAGCCAAACCGAGGAGGUGGAGGAGAGAGAGGAAGAACAGCAGCGAGGAGAAGGCAAAGGAGAUGGAGCAGGAGGGGGAGGAGAAGGUGAAGUUGAGGAGGAGCCGAAGCAGGAAGUUCAGGCAGUAGUGCGGGAAAAGGAGGAAGACGUGACGAGCGAAACGUGGCGUUUGCACAAGAAGCACGUGUUCGUCCUCAGUGAAGCCGGGAAGCCCAUUUACACACGCUACGGCUCAGAGGAGGCACUCUCCACCACCAUGGGGGUCUUGAUGGCGCUGGUGUCCUUCGUAGAGGCCGCAAAGAAUGUCAUACUCUCCAUCCAUGCAGACGGUUUCCGUGUAGUUUUCCUGCGUAAGAGUCCACUCGUGUUGGUGUGUGUGUCUCGCACGGGUCAGUCAGACGGUGAGCUGUGGAGAGAGCUGCACUACGUCUACUAUCAGAUCCUGAGUCUGCUCACUCUGCCUCAGCUGCAGCGCGUCUUCCAGCAGCGUCAGAGCUUCGACCUGCGCCGGCUACUGGCUGGAUCGGAGCGCGUUACCGCAGGGCUGCUGCGUCUGCUGGAGACGGACGCGGGGCUGAUGCUCAACGCCACCAUGAGCUUGCCACUCUGCAGCACCACGCGGAACAUCGUCUGCACCAGCCUGCAGGCGGCCAGCUCCAAGAACCUGGUCUUCUCCGUCUUGCUCGCCGGGAACCGACUCGUCGCUCUGAUCAGGAAGAAGGAGCAACACCUCCAUCACACUGACCUUCACCUGCUGUCCAACCUCGCCGCCUCGUCCUCAUCCUUCAGGCAGGGGGAAGCCUGGACACCGGUCUGCCUGCCCAAGUUCAACGCUUCUGGCUUCUUUCACGCACACAUCUCUUACCUGGAGCCGGCGUCUGAUCUCUGUCUGAUUCUGGUCUCCACGGACAGAGAGGACUUCUUUAACCUGUCUGACUGCAAGCAGCGUUUUCUGGAGCGGCUGAAGAAGCGUAAUGCCUACCAGACCCUGCAGGAGGCCCUGAUCUCACCCACCUACCCCGCCUCACAGGUGGGCAUCCCCGAGCUCUGGCACUUUGUCUACAAGUCCAAAAGCUCUGGGCUUUACACCAGCCCGGAGAUGACUGUGCCGUAUCAUACCGAAGAGGAGCAGGAGAGGCUGAUGGAGAUGUACCGGUACCUCCACAGUCGCCUGCACCACCCGACACGACCCCUGCGCUCCAUCUACCGCUGUACCCACACAGAGAACCUGCUGGCCUGGUCCACCAGCGGAUUCGAGCUCUACCUCUGCUUCAGUCCUCUGGCCACAAAAUCUCUGGCCGUUUCGGCCGUCACCAAGUUGCUGAAGUGGAUCAGGAAGGAGGAGGACCGCCUCUUUAUCCUCAACUCGCUCACGUACUGACACUCAUCUGGAGGACAGGAGAGGAUCUGACUCCUCUGGACCACUGACACUGUGCUGGAGCUGCUGGUGGGAUCUUCUGCACCACCUGGGGGACGGAUACGGCUUCACUCAGCAGAGAUAAGUGAGCUGUAUGAGGCUCUCUAUCACCGAACAUCAGUGACCAUAUCUCACACACACACACACACACACACACACACACACACACACACACACACACACACACACAGAUACUAUCUACAUAGCACUUCAACCCCCAUUAAAAAUAACAAAAAAACACUAACGUGCCAUUAAAGGGGCCGUAUGUAACAUCUAACAACGCAUAACAUAGGGCUACACCUCGGACAUAAAGAAAGGGUUCAGAGUUUCCUGGUUAGUUACCAGUAUUAAAAAUCAAGGUGCUUCUUAGAGCAGUGCCAUAGAAGAACCAUUUAGCUUCCCGAAAGAACCUUACAGCCUCUGAUGCUUUCAUCUCUUUAAAAAAGUUCACGGUAGAACCAAUAAAAAUUUUGUAAUGGUCCAUAAGUAUAAAGGUUCUUAGAUCGUUAUUCGUUGCAUGACUUUAAACGAUGUUUUCCGAGAGCGUAAACGACGGCAAUUCUUUACGCUUGUUCUUUAUUAUUAUUUUUUGUUUCUUUCAUGGGAGCCCCGGCUGCAUCGGUACACGUCUGUGGGAAGCUUUGUGACUGAAUUCUGCUUGGAAACUUAUCUGAACGGUUCUACAAACAAAUGCAAGCGGUUUAGCCGCCGUAGAGAAUAAAGAUUUAACGAUUUGCACUGGAGCUAAAGCUAUUGUAGCUAAACAUUGUAUUUUUUUUAAUCCAAUUAUCACCACCAGAUCUUUACUUAAUGUCUUAAUACGCCUUCGUCUUCGCCCGAAGCAGAUCUGACCUAGUCGUGGCUGAUGGACUGUUUUUUGAGGGAAUUUUGUCAGAUUUUUUCUUUCUUCUUUUUAUUUGAUUGAUCGUCACUGUUCUCACCUACACUGAUGCAUCGGAAUGAUUUUAUAUAAAGUCAGUAACACACCAGAAAAGAUAAAGACCUUUAGUUAAUGGUUAAAAACACGGACCUUCUUUACAUCUUCUUCGAUCUGCUUUACUUGAAAUGUUGGUUGUGAAAUCUGGCCCUUCCUCAGCCUGACUCUAAAAUAUCAUAACCGCUCCUUUAAACCUGGAAUAUUCGGGCAAACGAUGUGGUUUAAAGGCCGACGUGCGCUAAUCUGAACCUACCUUUUGUUUAUUUGUUUGUUUGGAUCUAUACUGACUGAUUUUUUUCAUUUACAUGUAUGGAUGAUGAUUAAGGUCUUAAAAUAGCUUCCUGUUGGGGGGGAUUUGUGACCCUUACAAGACCGUAUUUGGUGUGUAAAUAUCUGACGGUACACACAACUGUUGAUCAAAUGCUAUGAGCUUAUGCUAAAAAGUGAAUAAAUAACAUUCCUGUUAAAUUUUUUUGUCCUUCAUUUAAGUGAAACGAUUUAGAUGAUUAGGUUAAAGUAGCAUCGCGUAAACCUUCUGCAAUAAACAUGUUUAAUUUGGUUUAAGUCCAAUCUAUGCACUGCUCUGCUGCAAGGAAUUAUUAUUAUUAUUAUUAUUAUUAUUAUUAUUAUUAUUAUUCCAUUUUUGCCAAUACUGAUAAAUGUCUGAUUAAAUGUUUGUGUUUAUUUGGAAUCAAGCUUCUGUAAAUGCUGUACGUGAUCACAGUAAACACUAAGACACCGUCACAUCGCCACCAACUGCGAUAUAUCAGUAUUGCGAUGACGCCAGCGAUAUAUCGCGUCUCCUCAGGUCGUGCUUUUCAUCUUUGACGUCUGAUCUCUUUUUUUUCCUGAGCUGAACAUCGUAAUGUGCAACAGAAUGCAUGUAGCUGCGGUGAGAUCAGACUUCAUUAGACGUGUGCUGAGUUACCGGCGCUGCGCAUAUCCAUCUACUUCACUGACUGAACGAGACGACGACUGUGAACAAAUAUACAACACACACAGGGAAAUAAAUACACACACUUGUUAAACUGUCAGAAAGCUCUCCAGUGUGUUUAUUUUUUUUCUGUCCACAUUUGUAACCACACAAAUGAUUCAGUCUGUAACACUGUAAUGUAUCUGAAUGAACAAAACCAAUAAAGUCUUAUUUCACUAUA